AUGGAAGUAGUCAGGACAUAUGGUAAAGCAUCUGGCCAAUGUAUAAACUUUGACAAGUCUUCCUUACUCUUUGGUAAGAGGAUUAAUGCAGCCACCCGACAAGAAAUUAAAGAUACACUUGGAAUACACAAUGAUGGAGGGAUGGGAAAGUAUUUGGGAAUCCCAGAGGAUAUUAGUGACUCUAAAUGUAAACUUUUUGCAUUUCUAAAGGAUAAUCUGAUGCAUAGAGUCAAUGGAUGGACUGGUAGAUGGCUCUCAAAAGGGGGAAAGGAAGUAAUGAUCAAAUCCAUUUUACUCACUCUUCCGACAUACGUUAUGUCGAUGUUUCUGCUCCCAUUGGAGAUCUGUGAAAACCUCGCUAGUGCCAUUGCACAAUUUUGGUGGAGCUCGAAUCCACCAAAAAGAGGAAUACACUGGGCGAAAUGGGAAAAGGUUCAUUUACCAAAAGAAGAGUGUGGGAUUGGGUUCCGUUUAAUUUAUGAGUUCAAUCUAGAACUACUGGCAAAGCAAUUAUGGAGACUGGUCCAAUACCCUGAUUCACUGGUUGCUCGAGUCUUAAGGGGGAGAUAUUAUAGGACGACCUCGCCAUUAAGAGCGAUCUCUACUAGCAGCCCAUCAUAUGUGUGGACAAUUAUCUCCGCCGCAAGGAAGCUUUUACUACUAGGGAUCAGACAGAAGAUUCAUUCUGGUUAUGACGUCAGGGUGUGGGAGGAUCCGUGUAUUCCAACGACACCUGCUAGACCAGCUAGACCUAUAGCGCUGUGA